AUGACAACACAUCCUUACCGGCCUUUCGAGCCGACAACGCCUCCCAAAUCAUCGUAUUCUAUAUUGAAUAAGACCAAGUCAAUGCAUUUGCCAGUUUCCCAUCUACCGUAUGACAGUAAGUACAGUAACUAUUCUAAAAUAAAAGAUUUUAUAACUAUCAAGCUGUAUUCAAUGCCGGACAGUAUUUUCGAGUACUUUUUUUCGAAUAUUUUUAUAAAAUUUAUAUUACACUUGCCAUUGCAGUACUCCCACCCCCUCCAUAUCAGUCCGGCUCUUCGGACGAUGCCUCUUCCGGCCGCUACUCCGAUUCGUCCUAUCGGUCUCCGGUGAAACGUCAUUUGUCCUGGAACAAUAUCGUAGAUGCUGACGACAUUAUAAAGCAGAAAGUUCAAAUGCACCCCGGUAAUAUUGGAAUCUACACAGUCACUGGAGCUGGCGUUAAUUUGAAUCCAUACGGCAGCACAACGGUUGGACAGACCAGUUGGACCACAAUGCCCGUCCACAGCGAUGGCGGGAGCUUGGCGGGGAGUCAGAUUUCGGUUAAUGUGAGUUUGGGGUAGUAGUUGAGAUGGGUGAAAAAAUAUGAGAAUUACUCUGUGGGUAAUGGCCGGAUUUUCCUCAAAGUUUGCAUGCCUCAUCUGUAAUCUCUAGAUAUCAUAUGUUCGAAAUUCCAGCGUCUUACAUGCAUAAGUUUUUGAGAUAUUCAACGUUCUUUACUAACGUGUUAGAUGGGUCAUGGAUAAUACUAUAAAACUUUGACAAGGAAAGUACUUUUAUGGGGGCUCCUACUUUUUGACGGGAGAUAUCUCAAAAAAUCAGAAAAAAUGUGCUGAUCAAGGAUAUAUAAAUCCUAGCUGCCCAUUUUAGGUUUUUAGGGGUGAAAAUGCCCAAAAACUGGCUCAGUUUCCCUACAAAAGGCGCAUGCAUUCGAAACGAUAAAAAGCGCAGUCGGUCUCUUCCUUCGGAAGAGAGCGGUGUGGCCGAGUGGUUAGUGCCGUAGUCUGGGAAUCAAGAGAGAGGACGCCGCACGGGUUCGAUUUCCCUUUUGGACUGAAUUAACUUUUUUUGUAGUUGAAGGUCGGAAAAAUAAAUUUUUGUGUCAAGACUGAUUUAUUACGUCUUAGAAACACAAUAAACAUCAUUUUAAGCCAAAAUAAAAAUUGUAAACCUGUGAAAAAUUUAGCGAAAAGGGGUUCAUAUAGGGCUUUAAGUCAUCUUCCGAUUGAGUUUUCACCCUUAAAAACCUAAAAUGGGCAGCUAAGAUUUAUAUAUCCUUGAUCAGCACAUUUUUUCUGAUUUUUUGAGAUAUGUCCCAUCAAAAAGUAGGAGCCCCCAUAAAAGUACUUUCCUUGUGAGAAGAGUUGUCGGAAUUGCCUCAAUUUUUUUGUAACACCUCCGAGAUGGGUGUUUAUUAAAUUCUACAACGAUUUUUUAUGAUUGUAUAAAUGAAACUUUUGUUUUUAUCAAAAAAGUAAAGCAUGAUGACAUUCCGGCAGAUUUCUUUUUUUAUACCGUUUUUUAUGUCAUAUAUCCCUCCAAAACUGAAAUCUUAUAUAUCUUAUAUCGUAUUUGGUCUCCAUCAGGAUGUGUCACUCACUUAUUUGCCCGGUAAAGCCGAAAUACAUCACGUUUUUUUUUCUUAAUUUACCCGAUCAACAGCCCUAUUGUUAGCAUUUGUUUUGCACGAUAGUUUGACCUGCAUGAUGACUGAAAGACGAAACGGGUUUUGGUAUGCGUGUUAUGCGUGAGGCUGUGUUUACCGAGCCCUAUUCAAAUUAGAGCUCGGUCGGGCUUAGCGGCUGAAAUUCGAGCAACUUGACUGGGGAUCAAACGGGUAAUCGGAGGCGAACUGGUUUUUGCAGAGCAAAGUUUUUUCGCGCAACUUAAACCCUACAGCAAAAUACAGUUUUUUGAGGGUGCUCUGUUUCAUGAUAAAAUUUUUGAUUCCCAUCUCUGGUUCCGUAUUGUUAUCUGAUCGUCUCUUUUGUGAUGCCAUUUGAACCCGUGUUUACUUUCGGUUUUCACGCCGAACUGGGCUAGUUUUUGGAGAUUUUUAUGGCUUUGGAGAUGUAUUAUAAUGUCUGAGCCUGCCGUUUUUAUAAGCUACAUAUAUCUCCAUUAAAAUCGCCAAAAAAAUUUUGAUUUCCAUAUAAGGAAUUAAAAAAAAAUUGCUAGGAAUGCAAGUUCAGAUGUUGGGAAAACUUGGAAAAAAUUACGACAAAAAGUUUGUAUUAGUAUACAAUGGCGGACCUGAUCCAAUGGCAAAAGCACCGAUGUCCUGCCUGCACCGUAUAUCAAUUCCUCAAAAUUUUAGCUCUGGAAUUGCAGGCAUAGCCGAGAUAUUCAACGAUCUUUGCAUGCGAGAUAUACUGCAAAAUGAGGAGGUGGGACGGACAAAAAAGGUUUUUGCAAGGGCUCAAAUCUUGCAAGUAUAGUGUCGGACCUGAUACAGCGGCAAAAAACGUACUAUUUUGCAUCCGGGAAGUAUCAAAAAAUGUUGCAAAAUGCCUCCCUCUCCAACUAAAAAACUCCGUUUUGAAAAGCGAGCCCGCUCUUUUUGUGAGAAGCCCUUCAAAACGGAGUUUUUUAGUUGGAGGGGGAGGUAUUUUGCCUCAUUUUUGAUACUUCCCGGAUGCAGGAUGGUACGUUUUUUGCCACUGGAUCGGGUCCGACACUAUACUUGCAAGAUUUGAGCCCUUGCAAAAACAUUUUUUGUCCGUCCCACCUCCUCGUUUUGCAGUAUAUCUCGAAUGCAAAGAUCGUUGAAUAUCUCGACUAUGCCUGCAAUUCUAGAGCUAAAAUUUUAAGGAAUUGAUAUACGGUGCAGGCAGGGCAUGAGUGCUAAAUUUCAAGAAAUUCGGAGCCUUUUACUUUGAGCAAUUUACUUGAUAUUCCAAGGUCUUCAAGUCCAAAAUUCACAAAGUUUUUUUUGCCGAUAGGCCAUUUUCUAUGUUGCUAUACAAAAUUCGACUGGAAUUUUUAUUACCUGUCGUAUUUUUGCCGCAAUUUUCAUUUCCAUGCACAUUCCCCCCUCUAUUUUCUUUAUAUGUCAUCAAUCCCUUGCGGUCCUCGCCGCGCACUCCGCAAUUUGUUUGCGCUGUUCGGCUGGGGGUCAACGUCGGAGGUGCUUAUGGCUUGCGUUGUAGGCGCUGCAGUUACCGUGGUAACGGCGCGCGGAUUAUGAUUAUUCAUAUUCUUCCGCUUCCCUAGCCUCUCUCUCUCUUUGCCCUGAUCUUUUUUUGAUUGUCGCCGUUUCUUUUCGCUCUCUUCUCCCCAAAUUGUCUAUAAAAAACGCGAGAGAGAAAUUUCUCAGCCGUCUCUUCGAUGCGAUUGAUCUCUAUGCGAGUUAAAAAGGCGGUUGGUUGGCGCAGCGCGAAGCGCCCGAGGGCGAAAACGCAGGUCGACGCAACAUUUCGGCCGUUGGACAAUACAAGAGGGGGGGUAAAGGUGAGCUGAACAGAGAGCGUAUAGAGCCCGGAGGGCAAAGAGAAAAAUAUUGCAAAAACUAGAGACCACAGUAACUUCAAUACAUCAGAGAUAUCAAGGUUUUCGCGCAAGGUAAAAAUACUGUGGGAAAAUGAAAAGUCCGCCCAUUGCCGACUUUAUAGAUCAAAUAAAAUAAGAGAGAGCAGAGAAAAGGACAAAAAGUCUGCUCUGGAUAAUAGAGUGACCCAAGGCCGAUGGACGAGACAUAGCAACGCCGCUGACGGUAGUCCACGUGAAAGAGGUAAAGGCCUCGCAAGGGCCUUGAGGGUUCGCGGGAAGGGGGGACAAAAUGAGAAAUUUGCAUGAAAGUUUUUUUACGCGCGGUGUGUCAUUACUGUUUGGGGCUAGGCAUGGCUAAUUAUUCGGGGUUUGAAGAUCGUUUUAGCUGUUGGGGAGGGGUUUAAAAUACGAGUUGUAGAAAACGAUUUAUUUUGUUUUGAAUCACAGUCAAUGAUGGGUUUGAAAGAGUGUUUCGAAUAUCGAUUGUUUUCUUUGCCGGAGGGCCUGUAGAAUAGUUAAUUAAAAUAGCUUUAUCAUCAUGCAUCAAAAGGGCAGCAAAAAAUUGUGUUUGCGGAAAUGAUUAGAAAAUUGAAGAAGUUCUCUUUACAAGAGAAGUUUCUCGAGAAUCUACACUGAUAUUUUCUUCAAAUUUGGAGUAAAUCGUCUAUCUACAUCAUACAUCAAUCCCCAAAAAUUUUAGUUUGCAAUUUGCAGGAACCGCCGUGAUAUUAACCGACCAAAAAAUAGGAAAAAUAUAGGAUUUCCCGCAACUUUCGGCUUAAAAAUCUCGGUUGUUUUUGCAAAGCGCAAGGUAAAAUUCUGCCAUGCGUCUGAGAGACACUCAGUCUUGAUCUGAGCCAAAUUUCAUCCAAAUCGGAUCGUCGCCCUUUGGGAAAUUCACUUCGAAAGUCGACCAUUUUUUUCUGACUUUUUGACAUUUUUAUUUCUCCCGUUUCCUCCCUCAUUUACACGACAAUUUUCUUAGUAUUUCUCAAGAUAAUUUAUCUAUGAAAUCGAGGUAAACAAGUCUCAAUUCCAGACCAAACACAACCCCAACAUUCGGCCGCCACAGCACACUCCCGGGCCGGUGAUGGCCGGCUCCCGACCCCCCUCGGAGGCGCUCCAUCCCAUCGGCGGCUCGACGUUGAUCGAGGGCGGCGGAAAGAGCCCAACACCGAAGAAGAACCGCAUGCAAGACCUGCGGAAUUGCUGGGCCAAGCCCAGCAGCAAGUUCUGCUGUUUGGCCAUAUUGGUUUUGUUGAUCGGAGCCAUCAUUGGAACGGUCGUUUUGACACAAGUUUUGGCACUGCCUACGGUAAGAUGAACCUCUCAGUAAUACGAAAAAAUUCUUGGCUUCAAUUUUGGGACACAGCUCAAAAAAAUUUUUUUUUGAAAUCCUAUUUUUUUGCACUGUGCGAUGAAACAAAAAGAGUAGUAAAAGACGUCAUAGAUGACGGAUUUUCUGGAUUUUUUGAAGCGAAUACAAAAAUUUGGAUGAAUUGCAUUUCUAUCAGAUCAAAAUUACCAUUCAUAAUGACGUAUUUUAUAGAUUUCUUAGCAUAACAAAAUUUUUUGCACUGUGCGGCAAAAAACGAAUUGUCAUAAAAUACCUCACCGAUGACAGUUUUUUCUCAUAUUUUUGAGCCAUUAGAAAACAUGCAAUACUAGCGUUCAGUGAAAGUAAAAAUAACUGUCAAAACGACAUUCUUUGCGAAGAAUUUUCGAAAAUAAUUUUUUCGCACUGUGCAGACAAAAAAAUAUUUUUUUUGACUGGUCCGUAAAUUGAUAUGAAAAAAUGAAAAAUCGAUGCGUAAUAUUGAAAUCUAUUUUUUCAGCAAUUGUCCUGGAGCUGGCUACCUCCGCCAAUCGAGCGAAAAAAUUCGGACACCCCGAAUCGGUUCAGAAUGCAAGUGGCAAAAGAACAAGUCCGAAUUGAGCAGACUGGUGCGCCUCCAUUUACUUCGAGCUAUGUCUCAGUACUGGAUUUUAAGACAGUAAGUCAUAUUGAAAAAAAUUUUUUUUAUUUUUCGAAAAUAAAAUCCGUAUUUUAGAACAAAAUUGCCAUCAUGGACAACUCGGUGCGAAAUAGCGGCGAGAUGAUUUGCUUUUUGAUGAACCUGGACCUCUCUGAUAUUCGGUCCGUCGAACAGUUCCAACGAGCCGCCAGAAUUGGCGCAACAGUAAGUUUAUUUGGGAAAAAUUUUUGAUUGGCAAGGGAAAUACCCCCAAGUGCGACGCUCAGAUUUUCUUUAAAUUUUGCACACACGUCGGUCAUGAACUAAGUAUCAAUUCUUUAAAAGUUUUAGCUCCCACUUUGCAAGCGCCGCCGAGAUAUUGAACGAUCUUUGCCGCCGAGAGAGCACACUAAACGUGGAGAGCGGUCAGAGAGAAACAGCACUUUUUGGCCAUAACUUUGCUAGUUUCGCGCGGAAAAAAUUGAUUUUUUGUGGAAAGAUUACCCUCUAUGGUAGAAAUAGGCAUGAAACUUUUUGUGCCGAAAUUCGGCAAAAAGUGUCAAAUUUUCGCCAAGUUUCGAUCUAAAAAUUUCGGUUGUUUCUGCAAUGCGCGAGCUAGGAUUCUCGCAUAUAUUUUAGAAAUAAAUAUUCUAAAUUUGUGCCAAGUUUCAUCAAAGUCUGAGCGUCGCACUUGGGGUACCCUGUGUUGAACUUACCGAUUUUUUUCAAAAUUCGCAAACUUUUUCUUAACAACAUACAUAAAAAAUGUCGUAUUUUACAGAAAGAGGUGCAAACAAAUGGCUGGAAGGAGACUUGGACGCUUAUCGCCACACCAAUCUCCAAUCCAAUGGUCUCUUCUCAGGCGUUCCAACCGGAACUUGCUGAAUGCAGAGGCGCCAAAUGGGUUGAGCUGUCCAGAACCGGCGGCAAUCAGAAGAGUAAGUCAGCGUUCAUCAAUUUUUGAGCACUUUUUUCGAUUGGACGACUGCACGGUGCAGAAAAAUUUGAUUAGAAAUGCACUGUGCACACAUAAUUUUAUUUCAAAACUGCUCUGGUGCAGUUUAAGGUGAAAAUUAGAGAUGUGUAAAUUUGUCAAGCUUCAAGUAAAAAGUUGGGCUGUACAAUAAAUGUGAUAAUUUUUCUGUUGCACAGUGCAAUAAAAGGCAAAAACUGAAACUGCACUGUGCGGCUCAAAAAAGUGCUUGAAAUCGCCUCGGGGCAGUAUAAAAAUUGAUUUUAAAACAGUGUAAAAUAGUUUUAUAGCUCUGUAAAAGUACUACGAUGUAAAAAAUCAAAUAUUUUUCAUCGCGCAGUGCAAUAAAAACGUGAUUCGAAAAAUUGCACCGUGCAAUUGAUUUUUUGGUUUUUCUCGAUUAAAAUGAUAUUUUAAAAGCGAAAAAGUGACGAAUAUGACAUUUUUAUACCACACCAUUAUAUUUUUGCCAAUUUCAGACUUCCGUUGCGCCGAAUGCACCGACUUUUGUCUUCCACAUUACGCCAUUGAGCACGACAAUAUCCGAGGUGAGCACUACUUGAACAUCAAGCAAAGGGACUGUUUCUACUUUUUCGUGCCCCAAUGGAAAGGUUUUGCGGCCGCGCAGCAGUUUAACACCGCUCAGGUAAGUGCAAUAUAACUUUAUAUUAUACUCGUCUAGUAUAAUAUUUUUUAAAUUUACUGUGUGUGAUGUGACGUUGGUUGGUGAUAACUGGGUGGUUUAUUCUGUAAUCUGAUACAUUCUCUUCUCCGACUGUAAAUUAUUAGAUAAAAUUAUAAUUUUUUUGAAUUUCCAACUUUUCCCACUAACUCCCUAUCCUUUGAUUCGUUGUGCAUUCCUCUUGCCUCCACGGCAUCGCUCCCAAUCCCGUUGCCCAAUUUCAGAACCCCCAGCUCCCAACCAAUGUCCCCUUGUCUCAAUUAUUAUCCCAAUCCCCGCAAUUACAGUCGCAGCAGAAUCAGCAGAGAACUUUGAACAACCAAGGGCAAUUCGGUCAGCAGCCGGGCCAGUUCGGCCAACAGCCAGGUCAAUUCGGUCAGAAUCCGUUCCCAAAUAAUCAGAAUCAGUUCAAUAACGGGCAGAAUGGAGGUGGCGGAGGUGGAUUCCAGAGUGGAAUCAAUCAGAUUGGCCAGGGAAUUGGCCAAAUCGGACAGGCGAUUGGGCAAAAUCCGACUGCUCAGAGGGUUGGAAAUGCGCUGGAGAGUCAGUGGAUUCAAGUCCAAAAAGUUCCAGGUGAGAUGAAUUGUCGAUCGCACAGUGCAGAAACUUUUCUUAAUUUGCACGGUGCGGCAGAACGAAAAAGUUUUUCGCACAGUGCGGCAGAAUGAAAAAGUUUGAUUCUACCGCACUGUGCAUAAAGUUUGUGCACAGUGCGGCGGAAUGAAAGUUUUUUUUUUCGCACAGUGCGGUAAAUUUGGUGAACAUUUCGACUUGCACGGUGCAAUGCGAAAAAACUUCGUUCUGCACCGUGCGAAAAUAUUUUUUGUGAAAAACCGCACUGUGCAAUUGGAAAUCCAAAAGAUAUCCAAAAUUCAAACAAAUAAUUUCAACUUUUCAGGUCAAAUUGCGAAUUUCUCGGCCGAAGCUGCCAGCGAUUUCCGUUCCAACGUCGAUCAAUGGGGCCAGGCUCUGUUUGGCAGUAACAAUAACAAUCCUCAAAAUCAGCAAAAUCCCCCAAGCCCGUCCCAGAUCUUCUCGCAAAACCCCAAUAAUCCGGGAAAUAUUCAAAAUCCAGGACAAGUAAGUCGUAAUUUUCCCAAAAAAAUGAAGAAAACGAAAAAUUUUGCUUUGACCCACGAUUGGAAAUUUUCAGAGCACCUUUAACAACCCCACCCAGAAUCAAAUUCCAUUCACGGCACGUAACAUUGACUCCAAUCCGUCGUCCUUCAACAACCCCGGAUUCGGCUCCAACAUCCCCAAUCCAAAUGUAAACCAACAACAAUUCGGGCAGCAGCUCCACGAACCGGGGACGGCGUUCAAUCAACCCCCUCUAACUACGAAUCAAGGCGUUGCCAAGUGGAACCCACGCACGGGAUGGCAACCCGAGGGACAACAGGUGAGUGGAGUGAGGUGGAGUGUGAUGACAAAUGACAGUUACUGUAGGGGUAUCGCGAGUCUGUGGGCAGCAAUUUUGCGGGCAGCCAAAGAUUUUUUGUUUCAAAAACACUUGGAAAUCAGCCAAAACUUGUCUUUCUCCAAAGUGCCCGCAGAAUCACCGUGGAUUCCUUGCUGCCCGCAAAAAACCCCGUGAUUCAAGAGUAACUAGUCCUUCACAACUUUCAAUAAAUUUUCAAGAAACCACAUUAUUUGAAGGUACUCCGUCUAGUGUCUUGAGAAUUUUCUGCUACUCCGUAACCGUGCAUUUUUUCUACCAUACUCCAAAAAAUUAUCUUUCGGGCAGCGAACCGCGCUACGGCAAAAAGAAGUGCACUGUGCAAACUCGCCUUUUUUGGUCUACAGAGCGACGCAAUUUUUGCAGAAAAAGCCGAGGGCUCAGAAAACCCUCAAGACCUUUUCGGCGAAGAGUAAAGUCGGGUGAAAUUUUGUUUCCUCGACAAAAAAUCCGAGAAACGGAAAUGCACUGUGCAUACUCGCCUUUUUGGGUCUGAUGCACAGUGCAGAACACGUUUUUCUACCGAGCGACGCAAUUUUUGCAGAAAAUGCACGGUGAGGAUUGCAGGAAAUUCUCAAGACCUUUUAGACGGAGAGUGAUUUCGGUUGAAAUUUUUUCCCUCCACAGACUUAUUUUUUUCAGAAUUUCGGCCAAGACGUCAAUUCCCAGAACAAUCAGCAGCAGCCGAACCAGUUUGGGACGUCGAAUUGGAUGAGUUCAGCACAAGGCUAA